AUGCAGAGUUCAUGGCAAACACCAAGUUCAACAGGAACUAGUAGACCGUUCUCCACUACUAAUCCAUUCAGAACAUCAGUUGGAGGAGAUCCAAAUUCAAAUAGGUAUGAUCAUGAUCCACAGUUCCAAGAAUGGGCUAGAAAUCAAUUUAAUAGAGAAUCUACAACAUCAAAUCCUAGUUUUGAUUCUUCAGAUAUGAAUUUUACAUCACCACCAAGUAAAUCAUCUACUAAUCCAUUUUUAGACGAUGAUGGUGAUGAAAGUGGAAGUGAUAGUGGUGAUGAGUAUGUUCAACGUCGUAAUGAACAACUACGUAACCAUGAUUAUAAUAAUCAGAACAAUCGUGGUAAAUAUGUAUCUGCAAAGGAAGAAAAGGACCAAAUAAGACAAAGAUAUAUUAAAGAAAGAAAUCUGGAUGAUACGAGAACUCCGACAUCUUUACGUGAUAUGCCUCCAACAUAUGAUGAAGUAUCUCGUAAUAGAAGAGAUACUAGUGGUAAUAGUUACCCUGAGGAAAAACGAUCCUCACGUUCACAUUCUGGUCCACAUAAUUCUCACGUUUCUUCAUCCAGUACUCGUGGUGAAAGCCGUUCGGGACCUGAGAGAUCUAGAACACGUCAUGGUCAUAGUUCAUAUGAAAGACCACAUGACCGUCGUGGUAGUGAAAACCGUCAUUCAGGUUCUUCAUCUAGUGCUAAACGUGAUAAGAGAAAGAGUAAAUUGAUACCUGCAAAAGGUGUUGAUACUAUUGAUAAACUAGAUGUUACAGGUUUAUUUGGUGGUUCAUUUCAUCAUGAUGGUCCAUUUGAUGCUUGUACUCCACAUAGAAAUAAAAAUUCAAAAGCUGCUCCUGUGAUGGCAUUCCCGGCAGACGGUCCAAAUAGUACUAUUGGUGGUACUUUUAGAAAAAAAUCAGCUAUUGAUGAAGUAUUUGGUGUCGAUGAUGCAGAUGAUGAUUUAUAUCAAGCUAAAGGUGCAAAUUCAUCAAAGGAUGCUAUUAGAACUAAUAUUGAUGAUUUAAGACAAGUAGAUGCAAAAUCAAAAGCUGAAAAAGUUCAUGGUCCAACAACUUCGGGACUUGGUUCUACUACAUUUUUGGAUGGUGCACCAGCUCCAACAAGAACUAUACAAAGAGGUCAAUCUGUUUCAUAUAGACAAACAAGUUAUAAUAGCAAUGGGAAUGGAAAUAAUGCCGGUAUACGUAGAAACAUGACAAUAAGUAGUCGUCCAACGGCGUCAUCUGGAGGAUAUACGCCGAAUGAUUUUGGUAGGAAUAGAAACAACACUUCUUCAUUUAAUGGUAACAAAAAUUUCGGAGAUAAUGAGGAUGAUGUAUAUAUAGGUGGCAAUACAGGUGGAAGUAUUCGUUUUGACUCUGGUACAAAGAAGAGUUCUACAGGGAAUAAAUUCUUAAAGAGGGUAAAAAGUCUGAAAGUUGGUGGUAAGAAACAUUGA